UUCCUUGGCAUAAAUAUGUAAAAAUUCUGAUCAAAUAUAUGAAUCAAAUUAACAUUGAAGAACGUACAAAACAGGCUGUUCGUUUGGUGAUUGCAACACUUGAUGCUUUUCAUUUUGAUCUGCGUGAUUUAAAACAAAAUUUAGAAUCAACUUCUACUAUUACAGUUACUGAAGAAACGCUGGAUCAAAAGAAAUCUAAAAAUUCAAAACAACAAAUUUUUGCAUUUGUAAAUGGAAAAAUACUUCCAAAACUUAGAGAAUUGCUUCGACCAAAGACCCAAUUCAAUAGUCAUAAACGAGCUCAGAAUUUUACUUCAAACAUUUUUCAAUAUGAAGAUGAAAAGUUACUUCGAGCUCCAUUGGUUUUAGCGACAGCUAGGCUUUUUAAAUGGCUUCCUCAACGUGUUGUGGAUCAAAAUAUGAAUGGUUGUCUUCUUACUCUUAAUCAUUUAUUGAUGAGUCGUUCAAUUAGUGUUAGGCAAGGUGCUCGAAAGUUGUUGAUAAAUCUUGUUAAAAUUGUUGGUCCUUUACAAUUUCCUCAUAUAAUUCGUGAACUUAAACAAACUAUGAACAAAGGAUAUCAGAUUCAUGUUAUGAUAUUUACGGUUCAUGCAUUAAUCAGCGCGAUAGCCGAAGAUUUAAAACCAGGCGACUUGGAUUCCUGUUUGCGUGAAUUACUGGAGAUAUGCAAAUGGGAAGCUUUUGGCAAUGACCAAUUCGAGGAAUCGUUUAAUAAAGAUGGACAAACACAACAACUUCGCUCCGAAUCUCAUGGUGUUCCUGAAGCAAAAACUAGCAACAAUAAAACAUCUGAAACGCUCACACAGAUUGGACGAUUUAUUGGUAGUGAAAAGGCACUGAAUGAAAUUGUUUUGGAACAUAUUCGUGAAAUAGUUGAAGCCAGUCCAAAAGCUGAAACAAUAAGAAAGCUUUCAGAGUGGCUUAGAGCUUUAAGUGCCGGUUUACGAAUUAAUGCUGGUGGUAUUCCUCCUCUCCAACAACUUAAUUUCUCGUUGAACUUGGCUCGUAAAAGCAUGCGACACAUGGAAGAAGACAAGCAAAGGCUGAAUAGCUCACAACAUUUGGCAACAGAUAAAAGUUCAUUGAGGCCUCCAAAUUGUUUAUUAUUACCAACAGAACCAAAAAGACUUGGAGUUAUCCAUCGUAUUGCAAUUAAAAGCAAAAUGCACAUUUUUGUUGAAUUUGCUUUACAAAUUUUGGUUGAUCAAUUAAAAGGACGUUCAGUAAAUGUUGAAACAGAAAAUGAAAUUUUGAUUGAAGAAGAAAAUACUCCAGUUUUAAACUCAACUCAGGCUAAUUGUAAGGAAUUCAUUCCAUUAUUGGACCAGUUUGUCCCGCUUCUUUUGGAAGCUCUCAAAAAGAAGUAUGACAAGAUCACUGCACUCUCCCUUCUUUCAAUAUUUUAUUUAUUUAAAUGGCCUUUGGAAUCUUUAAAUUCACGUCUCUCAGAGCUUUUUGAUCUACUUUUUGUUGUUCUUAAUGAUUAUGCAUCUCUUGGACAAUCUGGCAAUCGUCCAACAAUUAUAGAAUUACAUAUAAAUCUUUUCAAAUGUUUCACUCAUCUUUUGCGUUCUGCACCAAUUAUUUCUUUAUUAAAUACGGAUAGAUUACAACUUUUAUUAAAUUAUGUGGAGACUGAUAUUCUUGAUCAACAAAAACAAACAACUGCUUUCAAUUUAAUUAAGGCUAUAAUUAAUAUGAAAAUUGAUGAUGAAAAGAUAACAAAUAUUAUUGAAUAUUUAUCAGAAAAGGCAAUAACUUCACUUUCUACAAAUAUUCGAAGCCAAUGCCGACAGACAGUUCUUCUUUACCUAAUAAAUCAUCCUCAAGGAAUGCGUAAUUACGAGUAUUGGAUGGAAUUCUUUCUAAAUCAGACUGAAUAUGAAAUUGUUGAUGGUCGUUUAUCUGCAUUAGAAGUGGUUAAUUCUAUUUUGAGUGAAUUUACGGAAGAAGCAAAUGAUCGUUAUGCAAUGCUAGUUUUCUUAAAAUUGGCUGCUCGUUUACAAAAUGAAGAUAACGAGCAAUGUCUUCAAUUUAUUGUUAUUUGUUUGCGUAAACUUUUUACUUCAAUUACUGAAAGUUUAUUUAUUGAUUUGCAUUCAGCAGCAACAGAUUGGCUUUCAGCACGAAAGCCAUCAAUUCGUGUUCUUGCUUGGCGUUUAUUUACUCAAUUUGUUUUGUCUAAUUCGUCUCAUUUUACUAAACAUUUAUUAUUGAAAAUUGUUCGAAAAACUUUUAAAGAGUUUUGUAUUGAACCAAACAAAUUCUCGUCUUCAGAUGUGUCACUUGAUUGUAAAUUAUCUUUCUGUGAACUCCUUAAUGCCGUUGCUGAGAAUAAUCCCGAAGAACUUUUUAAUGGAAUCUUUGAAUUUGAUAAUCAACUUGAUGAAACAAAAAAAUUUAAAAAAACAUUGAGAAAGCGAAAAUUGAAGCGAAUUGAAAAAGAUGAAGGAAGUGAAAAUUCGGACAUUCAUCAGCACAACUUUGGGAAUUUUAUUGAAAAUUUGGAGUUUUGUCUUUUAUCUGUUAAACAUCGAAAUGAACAACAACAAACAUCUGAAAGCUUAAAACUUUCAAUUUGUGCAGCUACAUUUUUAAAUACAUGGAUUGGACAUUUAAAUAUUCGGGAAAAAUUGAUUAAUUUAUUAAAUAAAAGAACAAAUACAGACGAAAACAACAAAGAUGGCAGUAAGCUUUAUUCUUUAUGUAUUUGCCUUGUUUCAUUGCUGGAAAAUGGGAGAAGAAGAGGAAGAAAAGAUGAAGAAUCGAAAAAUAAAAAUGAAAAAUUAGAAGAAGAGGCAGGGGAAGAGGGUGAAGAAGAAGAAAAAUUUAUAAAAAAUGAAGAAGAGGAAAAUUUGGAGGAAGAAAAUUUUGAGGAAGAAACUUGUGAAGACGACAAAAUUCAAUUUAAUCAGGAAAAUACAAAAGAAGAAAAAAGAGAAUUUUGGAAUGAUACUUUGUCUGAUUUGGCAAUACGCUUACUAACCCAUUUUAUGCUGGCUUUGGAUAUUCCCAAGCAAUUUGAAAUUUUAUGCAGACGAUUGUCUAGGAUUUGUUGGAUUGAAUCUGUUAAGGAGACAGGAAAGACGAAAAAGCGCCUUUGUAUCUUCAAAAUGAUUGGAGUAUUAAUAUUAAAAUGUGAUACAAAUUCUGAACGUUUUGGACAUCUUGUCAACAAUUUCUUGCCUCUGCUAUACCGUGAAAUGAGCGAUUCUUUAAGAAUAUCAGAAGAAAAAAAUAAAAAUGAAGAAUUGCAAAUAUUGGCAUCUGAAGUUGGAAAUCUUUUUAGAAAACAAUUGGGAGAUAGAGAAUAUUCAACACAACUUGCCAAAUGUCAACGAGAAACAGAUGAACGAAGGCAGAAGAGAAGAGAACAAGCAAAGGCAAUGUUAAUUUUAAAUCCAUCAACAGCAAUUACAAUUAAACAAAAAAGGCAUUUACGUAAAAGAACAACAAAAAUGAGAAAAAUGGAUGAAAUUAAGCCUUAUAGAGCCUUCAAGAGGAGGAGAAGAGAGGAAGCUUUGCAAAGGAUAAGAAGUGAGGAAGUUUAA